CUUGGAUUUGAAAAAAUAACAAUAAAUAAACCUUCAUUGCUUCUAAAGUAAUAAGACCAUUUCAGUGAUAAACAUUUCCUUAACUCUAUAAAUACUAGCUUAAUCUUCUUACAAAACCCACAGCCAAAAAACACUCAUUAUAAGAUUCAGGGUUUCCUAGCUUAGAUACAUAAACACUCCCAAAUAUUUUCAAGAUGGCCACUGGCUUUCUUCUCCUAACAUUCCUUGCAUUCAGUUUCUCAAUUGCCGCUGCAUCCGACCCCAGCCCUUUACAGGAUUUCUGUGUUGCUUUGAACAACAGCGAAGUGUUGGUGAAUGGAUUUGUGUGCAAGGACCCAAAGGAAGUUAAAGCUGAUGACUUCUUCUUCAUGGGACUGGACAAACCAGGCAACACGGAUAACAAGGUUGGGUCCGUUGUGACCCCAGUGAAUGUAGCACAGAUACCUGGACUCAACACCCUCGGCGUCUCCCUGGCUCGGAUAGAUUUUGCACCCUAUGGUCUCAAUCCACCCCACACACACCCGCGGGCCACAGAGAUCCUAACAGUAUUGGAGGGCACCCUCUACGUCGGAUUCGUCACUUCCAACACUGAAAAUCGCUUCAUAACAAAGACCCUUCAUAAAGGCGAUGUGUUUGUCUUCCCAGAAGGCCUCAUUCACUUCCAGUUUAACAUUGGCGACACCAAUGCCAUAGCCAUUGCAGGAUUUGGCAGCCAGAACCCAGGAACCAUCACCAUUGCAAAAGCUGUGUUUGGAUCAAAUCCGCCCAUCUCAGAUGAUGUUCUUGCCAAGGCAUUCCAAGUUGACAAGAAAAUAGUUGAUUAUCUCCAAGCGCAGUUUGCAAUGAAAAACUAGAGCACGCUCCCUUACAAUAAACUCCCUCAGUAAUUUAUGGUGUAUCCAGAUAUAAUUCUUUACUUACGUAAAUGUUUGAAUAAAAUGGGAGUAGUGCAACGUAUUUGUUUUUAUCUGUCUUUUGUUUUCUUU